GGAAGUGGGCGAGUAUCGCCGCCCAGGAGACACGUCCGCCCAGCGUGACGCUGCCGGAACACUCUCCUCAAGUCAUACGUGCAGCCGACAUGUUCUCGUAGGAGCACAUCCGAGAGCAGCUUGGCCUCGAGACAGCCUCCUCCUUCACGGGCUUGCGUUCGCGCGACCAACAAGUUCCCCUGAUUGUUUGAUUGGUGUUCCAUUUUUGCGUAAUUGGCGCGCUCGAGCGGCUGGAGGGUCGUUGACAAAGCGCAGGAGCUCUUCGGCCACCACCUGCAGACUCACCUCGGAAGCCGCGCCGAAACCAGCAGAACCAGCAGAACCCGCCCCGACCGCAGGACCGAGGUGUUUCGGAGCGUUAGUCGGGCUGGACGCGGCCGCCGGUGGGUGAUGGACUACAUGGACAGCGGCAUGAGAUACACACCCAAGUCGGAUAGAGACUGGGACACCUCCGUCCAGUUCUUGCCAGCGUCGGACACCAAAAAGCUAGAGAAAAAGAAGGGACCCGGGCGGGUCGGGGCCGUCAUCGGCGUGGUGAUCUUCGCCGCGGUUGUCGCACUUAUGACCGGCCUGCUGGUCUGGCAUUUCCACUUCCGUAAGGACGUGCGCUCUAAGAGGAUGUACAGCGGCUCCAUUCGGAUCACCAACCAGGUCUUUGAGGACGCCUAUGAGAACUCCACCAGCAGCGAGUUCAAAGCGCUGGCCAAGCAGGUGACUUCCCAGCUAAAAUCCAUCUAUUCCAAGACGCCUCAGCUGGCCAAAUACUAUGUUGGUUCUACGGUCGUAGCUUUCAGCGAGGGCAGCGUGAUAGCCUACUACCUGUCUGAGUUCAGCGUACCCGUCGGCCAAGAAGCGGCUGUCGACAGCGCCAUGGCCUCCAUGGAGAAGCUGGUGGACAAGGAGCAGCGCACCCUGAACAGACCCGGCAACUCCCUGACGUUUGAAGACGUGGUGUCGUCAGCACUGGACGCCCGUUUGUUCACGUCAUCUUUCAAAGAGCACUACAAAUACUCGGAGCACACCAGGUCCAAUCACAUAGGGACGAUCAAGUCGCCUGGCUUCCCCAACUCGCCAUAUCCCCCCAACACCUUCAUCCAGUGGGAGCUGAGGGCCGACCCCGGCUACAUCAUCAAGCUCGACUUUGACACUUUCAACCUGGAAGAGAACUGCCGCAACGACUUUGUCAAAAUCUACGACUCCCUGGUGGCCAUCGAGAGCCGUGUCAUGGAAGAGAUUUGUGGCUACUACUCACCCAGCGAUCCCUUGACUUUUUUGUCCUCUAACAAUGUCAUGCUGGUGACUCUGGUCACCGAUGAAAGGGACAACUACCCCGGAAUCAUAGCGCAUGUCUCACAGAUCAAGAGAGGAUCCAAAAUAUUGUUAUGUGGUGGUGUGCUGACCGGAGAAAAGGGCACUUUCAAAUCCCCCAACUAUCCAAAUUACUACCCCCCAAACUCUUACUGUGAGUGGAAAAUCCAGGUCCCUGCCGGGAAAAAGGUGAAGCUAACAUUCACUAAGUUCCUUUUGUCGGAGCCAGGUCAGGAGAACAGGGUCGACUGUAAGAAGGACUACGUGGAGGUCAAUAUGAAAAGGCUGUGCGGAGAGAAGCCUGGCGGCUCGGUGACGGAGACCAGCGACUCCAACCAGAUGACCGUGGUGUUCAUUAGCGACAGCACCUACGUGGACCGCGGAUUCUCCGCCAUGUUUGAGGCCAUCGACUCCAAGGACCCUUGUCCUAAGGAAUUCCAGUGCAAGAACCAGCGCUGCAUUAAAUCUGCGCUCACGUGUGACGGCUGGAACGACUGCGGAGACCUGAGUGAUGAACUGAACUGCCAGUGCAAGUCGGCUGACAUCAAAUGUAAGAACGGAUUGUGCAAGCCCAUGUUCUGGCUGUGUGACGGCGUGGACGACUGCGGAGAUAACUCGGACGAACUGAACUGUGGCGCGUGUAAAUCUGGAGAGCUGACGUGUCGGAACGACAAAUGUGUGUCUGAGAAGAAACGCUGCGACGGCAGGGACGACUGCGGGGACGGGUCCGACGAGCUGGACUGUGGCAGAACCGUGGAUGUGAGUUGUUCUGAUCUGACAUAUAAAUGUCAAAACAACAAGUGCAUUAACAAGGUGAACCCGGAGUGCGACGGGACACCGGACUGUGAUGAUGGAUCCGACGAGGCCAACUGCGACUGCGGGAGGAGCAAGUUCAAGACAUCGCGCAUCGUCGGCGGUCAAGAUGCGGAGGAAGGGGAGUUUCCCUGGCAGGCCAGCCUCCAUAUCAAGAACUUUGGCCAUGUGUGCGGCGCCUCCAUCAUCAGCCCGCGCUGGCUGGUCACCGCCGCUCAUUGUGUGCAAGAUGAUGGCAAGACCAGGUACUCCCAGCCCGGCAUAUGGGAGGCGUAUCUGGGUCUCCAUGUCCAGAGGCAGGUCAAAAACAGCAUCGUGAAGAGGAACCUGAGGCAGAUCAUACCUCACCCGUAUUACAAUGACUUCAACUUUGACAAUGACAUCGCCCUAAUGGAGCUGGACAGCCCGGUCACCUACAGCGACUACAUCAGGCCCAUCUGCAUGCCCUCCCCACAACAUGUAUUCCCUACGGGCAACUCGGUGUGGAUCACAGGAUGGGGUGCCACCCGCGAGGGAGGAUACGGUGCAAACGUGCUGCAAAAGGCUCAAGUCCGUAUCAUCAACAGCACCGUGUGCAACCGACUGAUGGGAGGUCAGCUCACAUCCCGGAUGAUGUGCGCUGGUGUGCUGAGCGGAGGGGUGGAUGCCUGUCAGGGGGACUCUGGCGGUCCUCUGUCCAGCCCGUCUAGCGGCGGGCGUAUGUUCCUGGCCGGCGUGGUCAGCUGGGGUGACGGCUGCGCUCGCAGAAACAAGCCCGGCAUCUACUCGACGGUCACCAUGUUUCGUGGCUGGAUCAAGGAAAAGACGGGCGUGUAGACGGGGGGAGGAAACGGUCUUCACAGCACGGCGUGACGUGGAAAUCCCGUAACGGGACCCGCAGCGAAGAUUGUUAUUCAUUUAUCGCCCGCUCAUCUCCCCCCCCCCCCCCCCCCUUGAUGGCGAGGCAAGACCCGGACUACUCCCCUUCUGCGACCUGCAUGGACAGUGGACUGACUGUUGGCUUCAAGAGCAAUUGCGACAUAUUUUAUGUCCCAUGCAGUUUUGCGAGGACGACUUCUUUUCUUCUUUUUUUUUAAAUUCUGGCCGAAAUAUUUGUUGUUCUUGUAAAUGAAUGAUUUUGUUGUGGUUUUUAGCUGUCUUUGUGUGCCGAGUUGUGUGUAGCACAUUCUAGACUGGUUUAUUAGGAAUAUUGUUACAAACAAUGAGAAUGAAAUGCGCUUUGUGCAAGAUUGUUUUUUGUUUUCCUCCACGCUACUGUCCAGCAGUGACAUCACAGAUCCUGCUGACCUUCCGCCUUAAUGUGAAUUAUGUGCCAUUUUCAUCGUACUGUCUUUUAAUUUAUAAAGGGGAAAAAGAAAACAUGACAACAAGCUGGUCCUUCUUGCCUCCCAUGUUUCGGCGUCGUCUGCAUUUAGUUUGCAGGUUCAAAUAUUAACUGAGCUGAUGGCAAACGGCUCCUCAGCCCCCAUGAACGGUGACACGAGUGUUUAUUUUCAGGACGUCCUCGGUUAUUCUCCAGGGCUGGCAUUUCGUUAGCAGAUGUGGAAGUCUUUUAUAUCUGCGCACAACACAAAGUAAAAUCACUGGUUCAUCAUGGGGGGGGGGGGUGUUUCCGUUUUGAUCUUUCACGUCUCCCACACGCCGAUUCGACUCUCGCGCUCGACCGGCCAUGACGUCGGCUGUAUAUUGUGUGCUCUCUCCAAUCUGCUGUGUAAAUUUAUGUUUUAUAAGGUGCGUUUUUAAAUAAAAUG